CGAGCGGAACUUUUGUUUCGGCUCGCGAGGCAAAGACGGACCUUAAGAGUUGUCGCGCGGCAUCAUGGCGCUGCUCGUGGACAGCAGGCUGUUAAUGAGGAGAGUGAGAGAUCUGAGAUGUCUCACUCCGAGACGACACAGAGUCAAAGAGAAGUGGGCUGCCACACGUACUAAACACCCUCCCACCAGUCUGGCCCUGCAGCACUUUGAUGCCACGUACAGCAUCCAGCUGGGGAAGCUGUGGCCAUCAGUCCGAGUCGCCUUGCUGUCAGAGAGGAAAUACGGAGCUCUGCUCAAUAAUUUCUCCCAUGAUGCUGUUCUGGCAGGCUUGGAAGCCCAGGGAUGCAGAGACUUCACCAGUGAUACAGAUACAGAGGCUCAGACAUCUGAAGUUUCCACUGAGGAGGAAUCCAGCUGUGUUUCUAUGAAGAAAUCUGGCACUGAUGGUCAGCAGCUGCCUCCUCUACAGCUCAGUCCUCACAUCAAGUGCUCAGUGUUUCCAAGAGCUGAUAUAACAAGAUUCAAGCCUGCUAGACCAGACAUGUGCGGGUUGUUGGGUUACUACCUGAUGGACGCAGCAUCUGUGCUGCCUUGUCUCGCAUUAGGAGUGCAAGAAGGUCACAAUGUGCUUGACCUCUGUGCUGCUCCAGGAGGCAAAACUCUGGCUUUGCUCCAGACCCAGUGUAUAGGUUUUUUGUGUGUGAAUGACUCCUCGGUGUCUCGGACAUUACGACUGAAAAAGGUCCUCCACAGCUAUGUUCCUAAACAAUUUUUGAAUGAUGAAAAGCUACGCAUCACCUCCUUUGAUGGCACCAAGUGGGGGGAAAUCGAGAGGGACACUUUUGACAGAGUUCUUGUCGAUGUCCCGUGCACUACAGACAGACAUUCACUCAUGGAGGACGACAACAAUAUAUUCAGUAAGAACAGGACCGGUGAGAGGCGUAAGCUGCCACAGCUACAGCUGGAGCUGCUGCUGGCGGGAAUCGAAGCAGCCUGUCCGGGUGGAGAAAUCGUUUAUUCCACAUGCACACUUUCUCAGACGCAAAAUCUGAGUGUGGUGGAACAAGCCAUCUACUUGGCACGAGAACAACACGGUAUUAACCUUCAGGUUGUUGACCUGCGACCCCUCACACGCAUGUUUAGGAAAACCUUUCACUUCGCUCCCGACCUCCACCUGGGUGAGAUGGUCAUCCCACACUUAGCCGCUAACUUUGGGCCCAUCUACAUGUGCAAGCUAAGGAGGCUAACAUAGACUUGGUGGACGGCUUUUCCUUAAACCUUGUGGACAUUUGAAUGAACUAUGUCACUAUUUAUGGACUCAUGAGGUGAUCUUCUGGACCCUUCAGCCUCAGACUCAUCUGUGUAAACUGUGGCUGUUAGAUCACAGUUGAAGGAGAAGUUUUCAUCGUGGUGGUGGACUGUUGAAAUACUGGACUUAUAGUUGGUUGAAUGUGACUGAUUUCAAUGACAGAAAACACAAAGAAUACAGCCAAAGCACUUGGAACAUGACAUUAUAACUGGGGACAACAUUGAACUAGUAUUUUAAAAAGAUAUUGUACUAAACCAACAGGAAUGCCAAAAUAAAGUUCUUAGUAUUUACACUCUUAUUUUUGGAACACAUUGGAUGACUAAACAAGCUUUGCAGCUGUACUUUUAUUUUUGCCCUGUGGGUGGCAACAAUAGCUUAAUAUUAAAGUACCCUGUAUAUUCUGUGUCCACUAGAGGACACUAAAGAUACGUCCACAGAGGAGCUCCAGUAUGCAUGUCCUCCUGCACUGUGUCAGAUGCAUAGAGAUGAAUAUUUUAGGUCGGGGAAUCACAUUACUGAGACACAAAUUUCCAUCAGAAUUACCUGCUCUCUUUAACUCUCCAGUGAAAAUGGGUUUGGCUUGUUCUAGAUGGUUAUUCAUCAGGUUUGAUGGUUUUGCCUAAUAACGCGAUAUGUGGGUAUGUGAAAGGAGGGUAUAAUGAACAGGCAGGUAAUGACUUAUUUGACCAUUUGGCUUCCUACAUCUGAAUCUGUGCAACUUUCAUUAUUAUGGCUGGGAUUGACUCCGUUUUGCAUUGACAUCACUCAGAGGUGAAAUGUUUCCUCUUAUCACAAGCUAAUGUGAGCGGAGAGGUGCUUCUUUUUCCAUCACACCGCCGAUGACCCUUUAUGUUGUCCUGGCCAGGCAAUGUAGCGUGAAAAAAGGUGUGCGUGCGUGCGUGUAUAUAUAUAUAUAUAUGUGUGUGUGUGUGUGUGUGUGUGUGUGUGUGUGUGUGUCUAACGAGUCCACCAUCCACAUCCCACUGUCAUUAAGCUGCUCCAAGUGCAGGAGCUGACUCCCAUCCCCGUACAGGGAUGGACGGCAGCCAUGCGGCUCCCAGAUGAACAUUAAAGAGGCAGCAGAGAGCUAAAAUGGGACAUCUCGCCCUGUUUUGCCCCUCCGCUUUUUUAUUCCACAGAUGAGUGCAGAUAAUUUUCUGUGCGAUUGUGAGUGAUUACUGUAUUACUGCGGUAAAAGGGGGAUGUAUCUGGGAAUGCAGAGGGAAUUAAUGACACAUAAAAACUAUUUUUGUAUUGACUGCUUUCGUCUCCAGGGCCUUGAAUGCCUCUCCGCACAUCUUGUGAUUACCUAAACGUAUUGUAAAUAUGUGUUUCCUAUGGGCUCUUACAUAAAUUUACAUGUUUUAACACUCAGGAGACGGCAGACUGUUAGAGAUGAGUUACUCUCUAUUCUGGCUGUCUAUAGACUCCACUGCCUGUCUGCUUUAUUAUUGAAUUAGCCAAUGAAGCGCUGUGCAUUUGUGUCCCUGUGUGUAAGCCUGUGUUAGGAAGACAUAUGCUGUGUAUUAGAAAGAUGAAUCUUAUGGAUUUAACUACACAACCAUGCUUCUGUUGUGUUUUCAAAUGCAAUUUAAAUGUUGCUUUUUUUUUUGCUAAUAAACAUGCAGAACACUGUAAUAGUGUUUUAUGCUUU